AAUGGACAGUGCCAAUGGAUCGUUGACCGUUUGCUUACCUUCGGUCGGUUAGAUUCUUUUCCCAAAGAUGACGGUUACAUACUCGUCGGUUGUGGCAACUGCGAAAUAUUGGACUUUUAUAAGAUUAUUGUUUAUGUGGAAAGGAAGCGUUUAUCGUCUGGUUUGGUUCGAGUUUUUGGUCUUCGUCGGUAUAUACUCCGUUUUAUCUGUUACAUACAGGUUUAUCCUCAGUGCGACACUGAAGAGGUAUUUUGAGCUAUUGUGCAUCUAUUGUGGUCGGUACAACGAAACGGUUCCUGUAGCAUUCGUUUUGGGCUUUUACGUUUCACUUAUUGUUCAACGUUGGUGGGAACAGUUCCUAGCAUUACCGUGGCCUGAUCGUUUGGCUUUGUUUAUAACAGCUUUUUGUCAUGGGAACGCUGAACGCCCAACAAGAAUUAGGCGAAAUAUAGUUCGAUAUAUCAAUCUGUCUUAUUGUAUUGCUUUACGUGCAAUCUCAUCUCGAGCUCGCCUGCGUUUUCCAACAGAAGAACAUCUUGUUAGUGCAGGAUUGAUGACACAAGAAGAAUUGGAUAUUUAUCGUAGUACUCAACCCAGUGAAUAUACUUUAUACUUUGUUCCAUUAGUAUGGGCCCUAGAUAUGGUUACUAAAGCUCGUGAAGAAGGCUACAUACGCUUUGAUAGAGCUGUAGAAAUUUUGACGAAUGAAAUCACAUCAUUUCGUGGUAAAUUAGGUACAAUAUUUGCUUAUGAUUGGGUUAAUCCUCCACUCGUAUAUACCCAAACUGUAACAAUUGCUGUAUAUGGAUAUUUUGGUACAUGUUUACUUGCAUGGCAGUAUUUAGACCCAUCGAAAAAAUAUGAAGGUCAUGAUGUUGAUAUUUAUGUGCCAAUUUUCGGUUUACUACGUUUCUUCUUCUAUAUUGGAUGGCUGAAGGUUGCAGAGUCAUUAAUUAAUCCAUUUGGUGAAGAUGUUGACGAUUUUGAAAUUGAAUAUUUAAUUGAAAGAAAUUUACAAGUGAGUUAUUUUGUAUGUUUAGUUAUAAUUCACUUUAAUAUGAUAUAUAUAUUCUACAGCGAUUCGGAAGACUCUUCAGGUAUCCCACAUUGUACUAACAUUCCAUGGACCUAAAUUAAUGAUUGCUCUGGUUGUUAGAAGGGCUAUCAGACUUGUAACUUCCGAAGGAACUAGGCUUUUACCAUAAGGUGUCAUAACUCUUCUAAAUGAAGGCCUUCUAACUCCUAGGGUAGAGUUUAAAUGAUUUGAAUUAUUUUUUCUGGUUAGCGUUUUUUAGCGAGUUAGUUUUCUACAGGAUGGUGUCGCUAACCUCAUGCCCAACCCUCCUCUCCUUUAUCCAGGCUUCAGAACGGCAGUAGCCCCAGCGGGGCUAUAUAUAUAUAUAUCUCGGCAUCAGUUGAGUAUUAAUCAAGAUGAUCCAUGAAGUCAUUGACAAGUGGACUGAGUCAUGUUGGUAGGUGUAGACUACCUGGUUGGGAUCCGCGAGUUGAUAGCAACCGAUGGUUAGAAACCCUGAAUGACAUGGCUCAAAAUGGCUUGCAAUGGCGCAGGUGCAUCAACGCUUUGUGUCUUCCCGAAUUCUAAUCUUCUUAAUUCUUCAUGUCCCUUUUUUCUCUUUCCAAAUUGAUUUAACUGAAUUAUACUCCUUGAAUAAUAUCUUCAGACCCUAAUCUUUCAGAUCACUGCUUAUACUUUUACUACCCCUACCACUAUGGGAUUUGAAUCGACAAUUGUAUCUGUGUGCUAAUGUGGUAUGGUAACUCGGACUGAUGUACGAACGUACGAAGUUCUACGUUGUUACUGACUGACUGAUUAUUUCAAUAAUUUUAAUAUACCUUGUUUUACACUUAUUUGAACUAAGUAGAAUUUUUUUGUAAUAAUUGAUUUAAGUAAUUUAUCCAUGCUACAUCAUGAUUUUAUAUAUGCCAUGAUUAAUAUAUUCUAAAUGCAUAUAUAUAUGCACGUUUUAGUAAUUUUCUAUGGAAAUUUAAGAUUGCAUUAUGU